AUGGAUCUAUUUCAAGGGCCUCAAAAGUUAGUGAAAUACCGAAGGAAGCUUGGUAUGAAGAAUGCAAUGGUGAACACUACAUCCAAAAUUUGGGUUUAUUGGAAUACAGAAUUGGAGAGAGAAGUGAUGAGAGACUCAUAUCAACAACUAACAAUAAAAUUCAGACAUGUUACAUGUCAGAAGGAGGUCGUCAUCAGUACAGUGUAUGCUAGGUGUACCUUAUUGGAGAGGUUAGAAUUAUGGGAAGACCUUGAAGACAUAGCAGCAAAUGUAGAUGUCCCAUGGAUAGUGGGAGGAGAUUUCAAUGUGAUAUUAGAAGAAACAGAGAAGUUAGGCGGACUACCAGUCACUCAACAAGAAACGACAGACUUUGCACAAUGUCUGAGUUCUUGUAAUCUCUCAGAGAUAACAUUCAAAGGGAAACAUAAUAAAACCUUCCAGAAAUUAAGAAAUUUAAAAAGGGCUCUCUCACAAUGGAGCAAGGAAACAUAUGGUAACAUCUUUGAGAAAAUAGAUGCCCCGAAGGACAUAUUUAAAGUAAAGGAGCAGCAAAUGGAGGUGGGGCCCACAAAUCAAAAUAAGAAAGAACUUGCUAAACCAGAAGAAGUAGUCAAAAGUUACUAUCAAAUAGAGGAACAAUACGGGAAGCAAAAGGCUGGGAUGCAAUGGUUUAAGGAGGGUGAUAAAAACACAAAAUUCUUUCACUCGUAUGUGAAAGGACGAAGGAGAAAAUUGAUGAUAUGGGAGAUCCAGAUAGAGGAUGGGGAAGUAUUACAAAAUACAAAUAGCAUAGGGGAAGAGGCAGUAAAAGUGUUUAAAGAAUAG